UUCUCCCUGUUCUUCCCACUCCGUCCUCCAGCAGCGAACACUCCCCCUGUCCACUUCCCUUCCACUCCCCAUUUCUACGCUGCUAGGGUUUCUCCCCCUCCAAAUCCUCGCUGCACGGCCAUGGCGAAGACGAAGCAGGGCAAGAAGGACGUGGAUUCGUACACCAUCCGCGGCACCAACAAGGUCGUCAGAGUGGGUGACUGCGUGCUUAUGCGGCCGUCGGACUCGGACAAUCAGCCGUACGUGGCGCGGGUGGAGAAGAUGGAGGCCGACGGGCGCGGCAGCGUGCGGGUGCGGGUGCGCUGGUACUACCGCCCCGAGGAGUCCAAGGGCGGCCGCCGGCAGUUCCACGGCGCCAAGGAGCUGUUCCUCUCCGACCAUUUCGACCUGCAGAGCUCCCACACCAUCGAGGGCAAGUGCGUUGUCCACUCUUUCAAGAACUACACCAAGCUCGACAAUGUGGGGCCCGAGGACUUCUUCUGCCGAUUUGAGUACAAGGCGGCCACCGGCUCAUUCACCCCUGAUCGCGUCGCAGUGUAUUGCAAGUGUGAGAUGCCAUACAACCCCGACGAUCUCAUGGUACAAUGUGACGCGUGCAAGGACUGGUUCCAUCCAUCUUGCAUGGGCAUGACCAUUGAAAAGGCGAAAAAGCUAGACCACUUUGUUUGUUCAGACUGCGUGAAGGAAAAUGGAUCAAAGAGACUUUCAAACACAUAUGCUACGUCCCCAAAUUCGGAACCUAAGGCUGAAUCAAAAAGGCAGAGGCGGUAACAGCUCGGAGGCGCCAGAAUCCAUCGCCGAGGAGACACGCUGCUUCUGCGGCGAACCAGCCCGUUGCGAGAGCGGAGGUGUACAGUGCGGUAGAGCCAGUGUUUGCGGAACCUUAGGCUCCGUUGUCUCUUGGGUUGUCAGGCAUUAUGUUAUCGGAGGAACGGUUUUGUUCGUUUCAGCCGGUGUGGCAUGCCGUACAUUGUACGGCGCGGCGUGUUGUUCUUGUUAGGGAAACAGGGGUACAGCCCUGGCGUUGGCUUGUCGGAUUAGCAGCUGCGUGUGCAUUGUGUUAAUUGUUAACUGAAUUACUGUCGACAGUUACCUCUGUGGCUGAUGAUUCCAGUCAUGUAGUAGUUGCCUCUGGGCUCUGUUGUUGCCGAGCCCAAAAGACACGAACAAUGUUGCCUGUUAGACUGCUAUUGCUGCCGUUCUGUAAUAAUUAGGGGUGCCAAUUGGUGAC